UUAAAAAACCGGCACUAAUGGAAAUUCGGAAAUCGCAGUUACUUUUCAAUAACUACUGAAACAAAGCGUUUUUUUCUUGAUUAACUCAGCAGCUUACAAGCGCAAACAUUUUCCUUCAAGAGAGAUAACAAGCACUGAGUGUAGGAUUCCAUAAUACCAGAACAUACAAAAAACAACUCCUCAUUUCAACUGGAGGCUUUGCCAAAAUUUGCUUAAGAUUACAAAAAAAUAUGUUCUUAACCCCAGCAAUUAUUUAGUCAGAAACUCGAAAGAUUCAUUAGUAGAUCCGCAGCCUACCAUAAACAUGCCGGUGGCAACAAAGCCAAUUAGUACCCUAAUUGAAAAGGAGGAUCUGCCCGCCGAGUUUGAAACCGCCAUAGCAGCGACUAAAUUCGGUCUGUUCAACAUUAUUCUGAUCAUGUUAAGCGUCCCGGUAUUCUGGUGCUUGCAGUGCGAUUCCAACUUGGUUUCCUUCAUUAUUCCUGCUGCAGCCUGCGAUCUGGGGCUGGAUGAUACCCAGAAAAGCCUGCUAAAUUCCAUGCCAUUCUUUGGAAUGCUAUCAUCAGGAUUCAUCAGCGGUUACCUGCUAGAUACAGUGGGCAGAAGAAAAGUUCUGUUUCUAGGCUUUUGCAUUGAAACCUUAGUGAUUCUAGGCAAAAGUGUAUCGAGCAACUUUGCUUUUCUCUCGCUGUUCUGUUUCUUUGGUGGUAUAAUAUCCGGAAGUUUAUAUGCCGCCAUGAUUACCUACAUAUUGGAGUUUCACUCCACAGAGUAUCGAGGACGAGUUCAAAUGAUUAUCGGAUUUAUUUAUUCUUGUGGACACAUUUUACUACCUCUACUCUCAUCAGCCAUCCUACCAAUGAAUCUGCACUUCAGCGUCUCGUUCAUAAGGUUUCGAGCUUGGAACUUGCUGUUGCUCAUCAGUGGCGCAAAUUCGAUAAUAUCCAUGGUAGCCUUUUACUUUCUGCCCGAAACUCCCAAAUUCCUCAUGAGCAGUGGAAAGAACGAGGAGGCACUGAGGCUUUUCAGCAAAAUGCACAAAAUCAACAUCAGGGACCCGACCAUGGCAUAUCCAGUGAAUCAACUAAUAGAAGAAAUCGUGCUUAACAAGCCAAUGCAGUCGGGAAAAAAAUCAGGGUUCUUCUCGUUGAUCUGGAAGCAAAUAGCGCCAUUAUUCGGCCAGAAGUACCGGGGAAAACUGAUGCUGGCUGGCGCAAUCGAAGGCCUGAUUCUUAUCGGCACUAACAGCAUGCAAUUGUUUAUGCCGCAAAUAUUCCAAGCGGCGCACGAAUAUCAAGUGGCUCAUGAUGGACAAUCCACAGAUCUUUGCAAUAUUCUGAAGACUUCAACUGGGGCGCAGCAAAACGACGGCUGUACAGUGAAUUUAGACGGCAAUUUCCUGGUAUAUUUGAACUCAAUGACCAUAGCAGGUGUAAGACUCUUCGGGUAUACGCUGUGUGGAACGUUGAUCAAUCUUCUUGGCUCCAGGCGAUUGUUGCUGGUCUUAGGAUUGUUAGCAGCUGUUUCAAUCGGUUGUCUGGCGUGGUCAUCUAACACUCUCACCACUUUGGCGCUCAGCUCCGUAUUUCUUACAACUUCCGAUAUAGGUUUUGAUGUUUUCCUCACUGUGGCCGUGGUUCUUUUCCCAACUACUUUAAGAGCCAUGGCGCUUUCAUGCGUGCUAUUCGUCGGCCGAUGUUUAACAGUUUGCGGCAACAUGCUUUUGCCGAUUCUGCUCAAUUUCAGCUGCAGAGCACCAUUUUUGUUCUUCGGAUCUCUCAUCUUAACUUCCCUAAUUCUACUACGCUUCGUCCCAAACACAGACAAACAGAAUAUGAAAUAAGCCCCACACGUUACCAGUAGAAGUGCAUGAAGAUUUCUUAUUUUUGUACAUUGGCAAACCUGCAUAUUUUUUGUUCAGCGAUGGAACACUGCGUAUAUUUUUUAUGCUCGAUGCGGAAUAAUUUCAUUUCAUUGCGUCUUUUUUAUCUUUCACGUGACCAGUCAAUAAAAAACUAACUUUAAA